AUGCAGAAGGCUGGUGGCUCCCUUACAUGUUUCUGCUCCCCUGCUGACCACUGUGCAGAAGGGCGAUCCCAAUGUUCCUCCGACCUCGGCUGCUUUUAUUCAGCCCUUCGAACUCCUGGAAAAAAUACUGUGUACAAUGAACAAUUUGGCUGCCUUUCCAACGAUACCAGCCUGGGGAAAAUGCUUUGCACGGCUCCCAUACCGGAAAACAUGAUUGUCAAGUGUUGCUUUUCUCCAAACCAGGCAUUUUGCAAUGCCCAUCUGCGGUUGCACGACAAAGCGCUCUAUCCAUGGCGCGGUGGUAUUAGUAGCUAUUGCAUCAGCAUAUUACUGCCCGUGGUUGCUGUUGGGUUGACGAUCGUUGUUUUUGGACUGUUAGUGCAUUUCUUACUGCGCCCAAUCCGGCACCGAGGUGAUUUUUCAAAGCCUCCGCGCACGCCAAGCGGAAAUUCCAUCACUGAUAAGAGAUUAUGCGGCACAAUUUUUCCAGCUGACGGAGACUUCCAGGUCCUAGGUGCUUAUCCACAACAAACAUUUGAUGGCACGUUAAGUGCAGAUAGUGGAAGUGGGGGUGGAGUGCCCUUUCUAGUGCGACAAACUAUCGCCCGAAGAACCCUUCUCACUGACUGCAUCGGCAAGGGACGAUUCGGCGAGGUAUGGCAGGCGGAUUGUCAGGGCGAAAAGGUGGCUGUCAAAAUCUUCUCCAGUCGAGAUGGUGCCAGUUGGGCGCGUGAAACAGAAAUCUACAGUACGUCAAUGUUACGACACCCCAACCUCCUGGCCUAUUAUGCCAGUGAUAUGAUCUCACGCGGAGGAUGCACUCAGCUAUGGCUCAUCACAGCCUACCACCGAAAAGGCUCACUGCAUGACUACCUGCGGGUCAACAAGGUCUCCCUGGCCGGCGGUCUACGGUUCGCACGAUCAGCCGCUGCAGGACUAGCCUUCCUGCACACCGCUAGCCUUUUGUUUAAACGCUAUGCCUCUGCUGGACCGCCUUCGGCUGGGCCCCUUGCAGGGACAAAGCGUUACAUGGCCCCGGAACUGCUUUACUUGGCUCUUCUACUGACCACUUUUCAUACUUCCAAGGGAUUGGAUUACGAAGAGCGUGAGGAAGGGCUGGAAAUAUCGGAGGUUACUGAGUGUCAACAUCCGUUUCUUCCUCUCAGAAUUUACCAAGCUGCUGACAUCUACGCUCUAGGAUUAGUGUUAUGGGAAAUUUUCAGAAGGACAGAGGGUCUUAGUGUAGCAACGAGCAAUGUUGAGGAAUACCAGAUUCCAUAUGAGGAUGCGGUUCCUGUGGACCCAACGUUCUCACAAAUGUUCCAAGUUGUUGUCCUUGGCAACCUCCCCUUUGAGGCUAUUCAAUUAGACCAGGUGAUACCGCUGCCACUCAGUUUGACUACAUGCACCUCCUGCAGGGGGCUCCAGGAUCGCUUUAUUGAUUUGAAGGGGAGCAAGCCCACAUUCUGCUGGAGUGGAACAACGGGAAUUCGACCUGUGAUCAGCAGGCGGUGGCUUGAAGCUGGGUCUGGAAUGCAGCGACUCUCCACUCUUCUCCAGGAAUGCUGGGUUCCCAUCUGGAGCAACCGCCUUUCUGCCCUGCGAGUUCGCAAAACACUCGAGAGCCUGGAGGCCGAAUUGCGGUCCUAG